AUGCCACAACGAAAACGUACGAUGGAUAGUGUUCAAGCUGAGGAUGUUGAAGUGAAGAAAAAGGCCACUGAAGAUUACGUCUCGAGACGAUUGGCUCUAGAUGACCCGGCGCCAUUUAGUGAUGAACCAGAUGCGAUCGCUGAACGUAAUCACGUUGAUUACACUAAAAAGAUCACAAUCGCUAUGGCUAAGGCGAAUGAAGGUAAGGGGUUUUUUGAAAAUUUCAACAAAAUUAUUUGAUGAGAAUAUAUUUUCGAAACAAAUUUCCUGGGGAUUUCUAAAAUUAAGCAGUUUUUCUAAAAAAAUUUUAAUGAUGAUUUCAGAAUUAUUCAUUUUUUCAAACCAUUUUUUGAAAAUCUAGCAAUUGAAAAAUACAUUUAAAACAAGCAACGUUUUGAAAAAACAAUCUAAUUAAAUUUUAAUCUUUUUGAAUUUCAAGAAAAUGUCUUCAAAGGUUUUGAGAUCUUUUGGAAUUUUCUAACCAAAAAUUGUUUGAAAGCAAACUAAAAAUAAUUCACAGGAAAUUUUAUCAAUGAAAUUUCCCUAAUAAAAAUUUCUAGAUUUUUUAAAAUCAUCAAAUCGUUUUCUAAAACAUUGAAAAAACACGACAUCUCAAAAAUAAAAACAAAAACUGAAAAAAAACCCAGCCAAAGACGCUCAUCAAUAUUUUUAAUGAAAACCAAACAAAAUUUCGCAAUCCUACAUGUGCCGCAUCUUUGAACUAUUACCUCUCAUAUCAAUAUUCAUUUUGUAGCUGGUCGACCAGUUCGAAUUUACGCCGAUGGUAUUUAUGAUUUAUUCCAUCACGGUCAUGCCAAUCAACUUCGCCAAGCCAAAAAGAUGUUCCCAAAUGUCUACUUGAUUGUUGGAGGUGAAUUUUGAAACUUUUUAAAUUUUUUUUUUGAAAUAUAUUGAUUUUUUAUAGUUUGUGGCGAUAAGGACACGCACAAGUACAAAGGACGAACUGUCACAUCGGAAGAUGAACGUUUCGACGGAGUUCGUCAUUGUAGAUACGUCGAUGAAGUCUACCGUUGUGCUCCGUGGUUUUGCACGGUUGAGUUCUUGAAAGAGCUCAAGGUCGAUUUCAUUGCUCACGACGCAAUUCCAUAUGUUGCACCAGGAGAAGAAGAUUUGUAUGAGAAAUUCAGAAGAGAGGGAAUGUUCAUCGAAACCGAAAGAACUGAAGGAGUCUCGACGAGUGAUGUUGUUUGUCGAAUUAUUCGCGAUUAUGACAAAUAUGUUCGACGCAAUUUGCAAAGAGGAUACUCGCCAAAAGAGUUGAAUGUUGGAUUUUUGGCGGUGAGUUUUGGUUUUGAUUUUUUGAAAUGAAUAUCUGGAAUAAUAUAGUUUAAAAAAUCUUUUGAAAUAAUAAACUACAAGAUUCAGUUUCAUUAAAAAUCUAGAAAACUAAAAUUCCAGAAAUCUCCUGAAGUUUAUGAAAAAUAAGAAAAUCUGAAACUUCUCAAAAACAUUCAGCUAAUUUUCACUGCAAAAAAUUUACGAUAAACCCAAAUUUCAUUUCAAAUGUUGAUAUUUUCUAGGCCAGCAAAUAUCAAAUCCAAAACAAAGUCGAUUCAUUGAAAGAAAAAGGCUUAGAGCUUCUCAACACUUGGAAAAGCAAAUCCGACGAUUUCAUCAAAGAUUUCAUCGACACCUUCCACAAAGACGGUGGACUUAACGUAAGUCUUCAUUUUCCACUGGGGAAACCAAUGACAUUAUUUUUUUUGCAGGCAUUUGGUGGUCGAUUGAAGGGAAUUAUGUCAAUGUCAAGAUCACCAUCACCAUCUCCAGAUGAAGAUUCCAACGGAAUCGUGAGACAUUUGGAAAAACAAGAGGAAGAUGAGACCAAAACUCCACUCGAAUACUAA